AUGGCUGCGGAGCGGGAGUUGUGCUUCUACCGGCAGCUGCCUAAAGUGGAACUUCAUGCUCAUUUGAAUGGCUGUAUUAGUACUGCCACAAUGAAGAAACUUAUGGCCCAGAAGCCGUACCUUCAGAUCCAGAAUGGAAUGACUAUGAUUGACAAAGGAAAGAAAAGAACCUUAGAGGAAUGUUUUCAGAUGUUUCAGAUUAUUUAUCAGAUUACCACUAGGACUGAAGAUAUUUUACUGAUAACUAAGGAUGUUAUUAAAGAAUUUGCUGAUGAUGGUGUCAAGUAUCUGGAACUGAGGAGCACUCCUAGAGAAGAAAAGUCCACAGGUAUGUCCAAAAGGAUGUAUGUUGAAACUGUACUUGAGGGUAUAAAGCAGUGCAAAGAAGAAGGCUUGGAUAUAGAUGUAAGAUUGUUAAUAGCAAUAAAUAGAAGAAGUGGCCCAACAGUUGCUAAGCAGACUGUUAAACUUGCUGAAGAGUUCCUUCAUUCCACUGAUGGGAUUGUAGUAGGACUUGACCUCAGUGGAGAUCCUACUGCAGGACAUGGUCAAGAUUUUUUGGAACCGCUUUCAGAAGCAAAAAAAGCAGGUCUAAAGCUGGCAUUGCAUCUUUCAGAGAUUCCAAACCAAGAAGAGGAGACCAGAAUUCUCCUGGGCCUGCCUCCUGACAGAAUUGGGCAUGGAACAUUUCUUAACUCUGCCACAGCAGGCUCAGAAGAGUUAGUGUCACUUGUUCGACAGAAUCACAUACCCAUUGAACUUUGCAUGACGUCAAACAUCAAAACUCAGACAGUGCCUUCAUGUGACAAACACCAUUUUGGCUACUGGUACAACACUGGCCACCCUGCGGUACUUUGUACUGAUGAUAAAGGCGUCUUUGCAACAGAUCUGUCACAAGAAUAUGAGCUGGUUGCAAAAACAUUUAAUCUGACUCGAUCACAGAUGUGGGAUCUUUCCUAUGAAUCAAUCAACUAUAUCUUUGCUUCAAGUGUAGUAAAAUCGAAGCUAAGGCAACAGUGGAGUAAACUGAAGCCAGCUUUGUUUGAUUAAUCAAACUCCUUCUAAACAGCUUGGGUCUAUUAGCUUAGUUAAUAAGCUUUUUUUAAUGAAGUCCCAGUUUUUUUUUCAGACUUCAGGUUUAUAAAUCCAGUCCAUAAACUGUGCCUGUGCAAAAUGAAAACAAGAGGAGUCCAUCCUUUGUUAGUGGGGACAGAACUAAAUGUUCUUUCAUAGUUGAGGAUUCUCAACCAGUGACUAAAAUUCCAGAUGUGUCACCACAUCAAUUCUCUCCAGUUGAUACAAUAUUCGUAAAAAGCACUUAGUUGGAAGUAUGUUACAAUACUACAAACAUUUGAGAGUCAGGCCAAAAUAAAGGCACAGCUGUUAGGGUUUAAAAUGUCUCUGCUGGCAGCAUUACACCAAGCAUAUCAUAUGUAUGGUAUGCAUAGGUGGCUUUUGUAUUUUUUUUUAAACGGAAGUUUUGAGCAAUCGAUUGAAUGUGAGGAUGGAAACAAACUCAGGGAGAACGAAGUAUCUGUCCUAAAGAACUAAAUAUUGUUUGUUUUUACUGGUGUACAUGCAUGACUGUAAAUUGUGUGGUGUAUUUGGUGGUGCUCAAUAAUGCACUGAGCACCAAUAGUGUUUAGACAAAGUUAAGAAUCUCAAAUGCCUUAGCAAACUGUGUGCUACCUGGGGGAAUGGUCUAAUUCUAAAAAUGCU